CUCACCAUGGACAAGGAAAAGCUCGCCAAGCUCCAGGCUCAACGUCUCGGUGCGUCCAGAGCAGUCCAGGGGAGAGAAGUCAACUGACUAGCGGUCUUCCACCACCCCCUUCCCCAAAACGCCGACUUUUUCCAAAUCCACAAUGUCCCGCCUCACUCCCCCUCCCACUAUCCCUCUCGUCAUCCAACAAUCAUACAAUAAAACAGGUGGAAAGGGUACUCCCCGACGAAAGGUCGUCAAGAAGUCUGUCACCGCUACCCAGGGUGAUGACAGGAAGCUCCAGGCCGCCUUGAAGAAGUUGGGUGUGCAACCGAUUGCUGGUGUUGAGGAGGUCAACAUGUUCAAGGAGGACGGAAACGUUUUGCACUUUGCUGCCCCCAGGACCCAAGUCCACGCCGCUCUCCCCUCCAACACCCUCGCCGUCUACGGCCCCGGCCAGACCAAGGAGCUCACCGAGCUCGUCCCCGGAAUCCUCAACCAGCUCGGCCCCGACUCUCUCGCCAACCUCCGAAAGCUGGCCGAGUCUUACCAGUCCAUGACUGCCCGACAAGCUGCCGGUGCCGGUGGUGAGGGUGCUGGUGAGGGUGGUGACGACGAGAUCCCCGACUUGGUGGACAACUUUGACGAGGCGGACGUCAAGAAGAGCGACCUUGAGGAGCUCGAGUAGAGCGCUUUCUGGAAUAGGGGGAGAGAUCAUGAGGCAUACUUGUAACACGUAACAAAAGGAUGGAUGCCAUGGCUCUUA